AUGUAUCAUACUCUUACUGACAAUACCAAAGCNUGGUCUCCUCUUCACGAGCUGAUCCCCGACCCGCCUCUUCGUCACGGUCACGCCAUCUCCAUCGACAUGGCCUACUCUGCCACUCUUGCCAACAUGAGAGGUAUCCUCAGCGACGAGGAGCACAAGAGACUUCUCAACCUGUUCUCUCGUGUCGGUCUCUCCAUGGAUGACGACCACUUCACUGAGGAUGUCCUCGACCAGGCCACCAAGGCUAUUCUUAAGCUCCGUGCUGCUGUUCCCAGNCCCCUCGGCUCAUGUGUCUUCCUCAACGACGUUGAGGCAAGCGAGAUGAACGCCGCCUUGAAGAAGCACAAGGAGAUCAUGAAGUCCUACCCUCGCGAGGGCAAGGGACUCGAGGCCCACGUCGAUUCCAGCGACACUGGCUACACCCGCAACGGCACCGCCGAAACCAACACCGCUUCUAACUCUGCCAGCAAGUCCGUCAUCAACGACGAUGUCAAGGAUGGUGUUCAGCCCGCUAGCAAGAAGACCGCCGAGAAGAUGGCCUCCGGUCCCGAGGGUGUCAACGGUGUCUCAAACCCCACCACCAACGGCAACAACAGCCUUGCACAGGGCGGCGAGUGCUGCUAG